AGCUUGUAUUUAUAUGGAAUUUCAUAACCUAAACAACUUAGUUGAGAGCUCCGUACAUUUCAUCUUUUCCAAAAGUCGAAUUUGUAGCCUGAAUACAAAAACGCACCAGAGAUGGACAUAAUGUUGUUCAGUUGCCUUGAGCGAAGACAUUAAGUUAUUCAUCAAAUAUGGUAUCCUUGUAAAUAAAAUGAAAAAAAUUAAAGAAAAAAACUAUCACUUCCAUUCAUCUUCGAUCCAAACCGUCUAAUCCAACUUGAUAACUUUUAAAAAUAAUUUAUUGGUAAAAAUCGCUUUCGUUUUACUAUUAUUAUUCUAACAUAAAAUCUAAAACUAUUCUUCAUUAAUCAAAUCAAAUUCAAUAAAACAAACAUCCCCAUAAAUCCCUAAUCAUCCUCCACUUUAGACCACCUCCGAUGCUACCUUCCACACAUUCUUCAUUCACAGGUUGCAAUUGCAUAUGUGGUUUUAUAGACACCUCAUCAAAUUUUGCAAUCCAACUCAUUUGAAUUUCAUUGUCCUAUAUCAAUGCGAUUCAUUUGCAAUUGCAUAUAAAAAUAUAAUCCAUUUAAAAUAUAUUUGAAUUUAUUUAAAUGACAAAAAAAUUGAAUCUGACCCACCAUCGCUCCACGUUGGCAUUGCAAAUUGGCUUUCAUAUUGCAUCAGUUACACCACUUCCCACAUCAAUGAAAUUAAGUUUGCCAUUGCAGACCUUGCAAUUGGGCAAAUAGAGCCGAUGGAGAUGCUCUUAGAAUAAAUUAUCUCAUAUUAAUAAAAUACAAUAAAAAUAUUCUCAACUCUUAAACCAGUAAACACCAAAUUACUCAACCAAUCAAUUCACCCAACCUACUAAUCGGGUGAGUCAAAGCUCUUAUGUAGAUAGAUGGAUGGGUUGCGUUGCUAAUCCCUCAAGGUUAGCGCUAGGAGUGGAAAUCGGUACGGUAUCGGUAUUUCAAUACCAAAUACCAAAAUACCGAAUUACACCCUAAAAUCAAUCUCAAUCUCUAAAUAAUUUCGGUAUCCCAAUCUCAAUCCCUAAAUAUUUCGGUAUCCCAAUAGGUACUUCGGUAUCCCAAUCGAUAUUGUCGAAUACGAAAUUAAUUACAUUUAUAAUUAAUAAUUAAUAUAUAAAUUAGAUUUGAUUUUUUAAUAUAGGACAAAUAGACUAAACAAAGAGUUUUGAGUUUGACUAGAGCUAGGAUAUAGAUAAGGAGAAUCGAGUAGAGGUGACAUCUCAAGUUUUUGUCAUUGGUAAUCUUCAAUUUGACGAAUUGGAAGCUGAGAGAAGACUAAUACUAGUGUUUGUUUUUUGGUGUUAUGAAAAUAACAAUAGAUUGGUGGUUGAGGGUAGUGUAGUAGUGAAUGAUAGAGUCUAGUUGAGAGGAUAAACUACACACUAGCUUAUAUUUCGGUAUUGUUCGGUAUUUCGGUAUAUUCCGAUCCCGAAUAACAAUUGAAAUUGAAUCCCAAUCCCAAGAAAUAAUACGUGUAUUCGAUAAUACCAAAUAUAGACAAAUUCAGAACGGUAUUCGGUAUAUCCCAAAUACAUAUACCAAACUUCCAACCCUAGUUAGCACCAUCCUAACCUGUAUAAUAGCCAUUAGAUUAAGAUGUUGAUCCUAAGGUUAGAAUUAAGUGAAAGAUAUUUUAGUAAUGUUUUAUCAAAACCUAAUAUAAAAAGGUUCAAUCCACCAUCCCUCUCAUCCACGACCGCCUUUCCAUUUUCCCCUCUUUCUACACCAAUCGUCUCUCCUCUCUCCCCUCUUAUCCAUCUCUGUGUACGGUUCGACGACUGGAAGGAAGGGGCGUUCAAAUAGAUAUGCGAUGGAGGCAGGCGGCGACGGGGAAGAAGGGUAUCAGGAGAUGCCGAUAGGGGAGGUAGGCGCCGACGAUGACGAUGGAGGAGUCCACCCAUGAUUCGUCGGCUCUCUCUAUCAAUCGUCGGUAUUGAGGUCACCGCCAAGACUUCUGUGAAAGGCAGAAAUGUACAACAGAGGGAAUGAUGGAUUGGUAUAACCAUUGAGUUGACACUAGUUCUAGGCUUUGUGCCUCUCCUCUAUGCUCCAGAUCCAGAUUCCCAAUCAUCUACUCAACCGCUCAUAACCCUUUUCGUCGCCUCCCUCCUCCGCCUCAUGUGUUCCUCCCACCGUCAAUGUAGUUUACGGUAGUGAUUUUGUAUGGUGAUUGUAGGUUUACGUUUGAUUUGGGAAGAUAUAUGCCCGUGGACGAGAAAGAGAGGAAGGAAUGGGAACUCAAGUAUAGAUUUUAAUACCAGUGGUUUUUGUUUAGUAUUAGAAUUUUGUUCAUGUAUCGUAGCGAUUAUUCAUCUCUUAGUAGUGAUUUUUUUUUACCAGUGUUAGUAGUGAUUUAACCAUUUGUGGUAGUCGUUUUUCCUGUUCGUAGUAUGUUUUAUAAUGUGUGUUAGUGAUUCUUAUUAAAAAUUGUUGUUUUCUGCAAAUUGAAAAAAAAUAAAACGCUACUAGUUACAUGAAAAUCACUAUGACUCCCAAAAACACUACUAUCAGCCUCUGAAAAAAAUUGUGCCUAUUAAUUAAAAAGUCUACAAUUACUGUUAUUAUCCUAAAAUCACUACUAUCAGUCAAAUCAAUUAUUGAUUUAAAUAGUAAUGAAUUUGUUAGUAAUUUUCCGAUAGAAACUGACUAAUAAAUAGAGGAGAGAUAAAAGAGAUUUAAUAUUUUUAUAUUAUUUUUAAUUUAGUGAAAUACCAAAUACGUCCUUCAUUAUUAACCACCAUCAGAAUCGACUUAAAAUAAUGGACGGUUCCAUAAAAAAAAAUGAACAGUGAUUAGAAUAGUAGUACGAUGCUAACUAAUAUGAAGUUACAAGUUAGUACUCUAACUUCACCCGUAAAUAGAUCGGAUUGUGUCGCCGUCACGUCAAGGAAGCUGGACGGUUAUUACAGGCGCGCUUUUUUUUCUCCCGCGCCCUAAAUUCAUAGAAAGUGACCGUUUGGGAAGUCGUCAAUAAAAAGGAAGGAAGCGCGGGGAUUUCAUCAACUGCCGCCUCUUUUCUCUUUCCUUCGCGUCUUCCUUCCCGUUAAUUUCCCUUCUCGCUCAGGCUCUCUCAGUUCUCUCGUCGGAAGCAUGUCGAACUCCGACAACGGCUCCCUGCUCGAGGCUCCCGGGCUGGGGAAUCUGAACCACACAUCGGAAGCUGAUCACCGGUCGCCUUCUUCUCCUCCUUUUUUUCACGAUCGUCACGGUUCGCCCUCAACCUCCUCGCUCCAGGGGGAGUUCUUCUUGACACAUGAUGCUAAAAGGAGAAGGAGAGAACUGGUGCUAGGAGGUGUUGGGGGAACCAGGAGAAAGCUUAAAUUCUCAGACUCCCCUGCAUCACUACCGCAACAACCAGCUGCUGUCGAAAUCGGCCGCUUCUCUGAUGAUUCCAGUGAUCAGCUUGGCAAAGUGACCCAAAUGCUGCAUGAUGAUACUUCUGCAAAUCAGCCAUUUCCAGGGUCAGGGUGCUUAUUGCCAAGGGGGAAGAGAUUUAUCGACUGGAUUAGGAAAGUUGAUAAAUUUAUCACCGAGGAACUUCGGAGGGCGAAGCACACCCGUAGCCUUAACAAGAAGCUGGCAAAAAGGGAGAGAAUGAUUAAGAUUCUCAUGUCAAUGCGAUGACUAGCUGAUUAAAAAUGUAGCUAACCGUGUGGUUGUGUGAUUGAGGCAGGCGGGCAGUACGCCGUAUACUAAAGGGAAGGGAAGUAUAUAUAUAUACAUGCUUAAUUACUCACUCACUCGGUCUAUAAUUUGAUGAUGCAGUGUUGGUAUUUAGUUAUAAACUUGCUCUGAUGAAAUUAAGUAGUAGUACUACUGCUGCUGCUGCUACUCCUUGCUUGUUUGUUUUCCUUAAACAUGUGCUUGCUUCUUUAGGUGCAUGCUUGUGCACCUCUAAAGUCUCAACCCAGGUCUUCUAAAAGCAUAGCUACUAGUCAUCCGUUGUGGGGGAGCUCUGCCUGGUACAUGACUGAAGGGAAUAACAGAUAUUGAUUUCUUUGGUUCACUUUGCUAGUUUACCUAUCUAGGGUCUAAAAAAUGAAACUGGAGAAGUGUU